UUCAGAUUCUCAUUUACAUCAGGCAUUACUGUUUCACUUCACCUAACUUGGAUCAGUGUAAUCGAGGAGUGUUACUGGGGCUUUAAAAGACAAAAAAACAGAAGUGAACGUUCAACAUUCAUGGAGUAGAAGCGAAGACGCGUGUAGCAGAAAUGGGUGAAGACGGCUUCAGUGAGACCAGGGAGACACAGAAUGGCUCCUUUGGUCUCAGCUUGGAUUCUGAUCAGAAGGACAAGCAGCCUGCAAAUGUCACCAUGCUUCGGAAAGAUGUUGGUCUGGUGAGCGGCAUCUGUCUCAUUGUGGGGAGGAUGAUUGGCUCAGGCAUCUUCAUUUCUCCCAAGUCUGUCCUGUUGUACUCCGGUGGUGUUGGACCCUGUCUCCUCAUAUGGGCCUCCUGUGGUGUCAUUGCCACUCUAGGAGCGCUGUGCUACGCUGAGCUCGGCACCAUGAUCACCAAAUCUGGAGGAGACUACUCCUACAUCAUGGAGGCCUUUGGCCCGGUUGUAGCUUACCUCUUCUCCUGGACCACUGUUAUUGUGCUGAAACCUUCUGCCUUAGCGAUAUUAACGCUGAGCUUAGCAGAAUACGCCAUAGCGCCCUUUUACCCCGGCUGCACUCCCCCUGUGGUUGUCACCAAGUGUCUGGCAGCAGCAGCGAUCAUGGUCAUCGUCUCGGUCAACUGUUAUAGCGUCAAACUGGCCAGUUAUGUGCAGAACAUCUUUACUGCAGCAAAGCUUCUCAUCAUUAUUAUAAUAACUGUGGCAGGAAUUGUUCUCUUGGCUCAAGGAAACACUGAGAAUUUUUUAAGCGCAUUCGAAGGCCCAGCACCACCUGUUGGAGAGAUCGGACUUGCCUUUUAUUAUGGAUUUUGGGCCUAUGAUGGAUGGAAUCAACUCAACUUCAUCACAGAGGAGCUGAAGAACCCGUUCAGAAACCUGCCGUUGGCCAUUAUCAUUGGAAUCCCCCUGGUGGCUGUUUGCUAUGUGAUGGUCAACGUUGCUUACUUCACUGUCAUGACCACCUCUGAGGUUUUGUUGUCUCCAGCUGUGGCCGUGACAUUUGGAGACAAGGUCUUAUAUCCCGUGUCCUGGAUCGUCCCCCUUUUUGUUGUUUUCUCCACUUUUGGUUCUGCCAAUGGAUCUUGCUUCACCGCUGGGAGAAUUUCAUAUGUAUCAGGCAGAGAGGGUCACAUGGUGAAAAUCUUAUCCUACAUAAGCAGGAAAUACUUUACCCCAUCACCCGCCAUCAUCUUUAACGGGAUUUUAGGUAUUUUCUACCUCAUGCCGGCUGACAUUAACAGCCUCAUUAACUACUUCAGUUUUGCCCAGUGGAUGUUUUAUGGUCUGACGUCACUGGGUCUCAUCGUGAUGAGGUUCACAAGGAAGGACCUCCACCGACCGGUGAAGGUGCCAAUCGUCCUACCAGCUCUUGUAGUACUGGUUUCCAUCUACUUGGUCUUGGCUCCUAUCAUUGACAAACCAGAAGUAGAAUAUCUCUACUGUGCAAUAUUCAUCCUAAGUGGACUUCUCCUCUACUACCCCUUCGUUCACCGCAAGGUCAAAUGGGGUCGCACUAUCAUGAGACCCAUCACUAUAUAUCUCCAGCUGCUGAUGGAGGUCGUUCCCCCAGAGAAAAGUGAGUGAAAACGGACAGAAGGAAGGGACGUGUUGCCUUCAAUGAUGCCUGCUAAAUCCUGUUUUAUAAAGCACAGAGAACAGUGUCCAGGGCGACAAGUUUACACGGAAUGCAUUAUUAUGUUUAUUGUCCUUAUGUUUGUAUAUUUUUUUUUUACGGUUUUACUAGAAACAUAUUGGAGCAUAUGCCACAUUGUACAUGUAGUGAAUAUACAAUAUAGUUAUUUAGAAUCACCUGUUUAUAUAAAUGAUAGUUCAAGUUGUUUGGCAAAAAAAAGUUUUUCCACAUAUAUUUGACUGCAUCAUUUCAUAAAAAAUAGUAAAAUAAAAAAAAUACCUAGUAAUCUCUCAUGUGGUGAUUCAGAACCAUAUUCAGUUAACGAUCACUAGCAGUUUUAAACAAAGUUUGUUGGUCUUUAGUUCCCUCUAGUGGACAUAACAAGCAACAACCUUGGGGUUUUCUUAAAUAUAUAUACUGUAUAUAUGUAUUCUCCAAGUACCAGUGAUUAAAACCAUUUUAGCUAAACUGAAUAGGAAAAUAAAUAUCAAUAAAGAUCCAGAUAAAAUGACA